CGACAAGGUGUCACGACACACAGACAGACAGCAGAUGAUACAUUAAAACAUUGUCAAAAUAUACAUUCAUAAAGAUUUGCCAGGAAUACAUAUGAUGAUGGCAGAUUCCGGUCCAGCGUAUAAUGGGAAUUCCAAGGCCAAUGACACUUUUGAGCAGGAUCUGAAGGACAUCCUGAAUGAUGGACAAGACCUGACAGACGUACAUAACACUGUACAAAGUGGCUCCCCCAACAAGGUCAUGACCUCCUCCUACCCUGGAGCUUCCACCGGUAACUUUGGAACACAGUCUGGUCUCCCUCGCUCUUUCACUAUGCCUCCUGCAACAAGCAAUAUCCCACUAUCGUCACAAGGGGCUAGACAGAACAAUGGUGGUGACUUUCUUCCCAAGACUGUGCAUGCUGCCCAAACAAAACUAGAAACCAUCAAACACUGGAGUGUAAACACCUUCAAAUGUACCAAACAAUUCAUCUCAGAAAAAUUUGGCAAAGGCUCCAAAACUGUGGACUUGGAAUUAGAAAAUCAAAUCGAAACCCUGAGAGAUAUGCAAAGGAAGUAUUCCAACAUUUUACGAUUGGCAAGGACAUUAACUAACCAUUUUUACCAGGUUGUGCAGACACAGAGGGCUCUGGGAGAGGCGUUUGCAGAACAAUCUCAAAGGAACCCUGAGCUUCAGGAAGAGUUCUCCUACAACUGUGAGACUCAAAGGAAUUUGGUGAAAAAUGGAGAAGUUUUACUGGGUGCAAUGAAUUUCUUCACAUCUUCAGUCAACACUCUUUGCAAUAAGACAAUGGAGGACACACUCCUAACAAUAAAAAAUUAUGAGGCAGCCAGGUUGGAGUAUGAUGCAUACAGAAAUGAUGUUGAGGCUCUUCAGUUAGGUCCCAGAGAUUCUACUCCUGCCCAAAAAAUAGAAGAGGCCAAGAAAAAGUUUGAAGAUCACAAAGAAAAGUUUGAAAAGCUUAGAGGAGAUGUGGCCAUCAAGUUGAAAUUUCUAGAUGAAAACAGGGUCAAAGUCAUGCACAAACAACUUCUGCUGUUCCACAAUGCCACGUCCGCCUACUUCUCUGGGAACGCCACUGCCCUGGAAUCCACACUCAAGCAGUUCAACAUCAAACUGAAAUCUGCCAACACUGACGGCCCUUCCUGGUUAGAGCAGUGACAUCUUUAACCUAUCUAGUCAUGUGUACCAUUGUGAGAACUAAACCAUGUGAGCAUAUUAAUACAUGUAAAUGAGAAUUAUGAAUGUGAGAUAGAGAGUUACUUCCCUUGCUCACCCUAUUCCUGACACAAAUAUUUGAUAAAAAAGUCCCAGGUUUUAUCAUUGCUGUGUAUACUCAAGCUUUUCUUCGUCCAUUUCAUAAAAGUGGGUUAUGUACAUACAAGGUUGAACUUAAAUAAGAAGCUUAAAUUUUUUUUGUUCUGUUUGCUUUGAUUUGGUUUAAGGAGCAGGUGAAUUAUUUUGUGGUAGUUACUGUACUCCAACGUCAACAAAGGUACAUACAUUCCAGAUUUGGGUGAUAUUUGAUGUCAUGAAACCAUGUUUUUAUGGUUACUCUGGUUCACUGUUGACAAUAUUUGUUAUAUCGUCUCAAUACACUUCAGAUGUACAUGUAUUUGUUGUUUUAAAUUGUGUGUUAAAGGAUGGAAAUUAGAACAGUUGCAAAUAUCUUCAUUGUAUGCAUCUUGCUUUUAUGUAUGGAUAAUUAAUUUUAAAUUU